CCGAGGACCAGAGUUUCUAUCAGCCAUGGGUUCAAUCGCAGACAUACCGCAGGGCAUCGACGUCCACCACCACUUCAUCCCAGAAUGCUAUGCAAAAGCCCUCCACGAAGCGGGCGGCGACCCCUCAGGCUGGAAGCUCCCUAACUGGUCCGUCGCAACCUCGAAAGCCCUCAUGCAAACCCACGGCAUUCGCACUAGCAUCCUCUCCCUGACCGCCCCCGGCUGCUCCAUCCUGCAAGGCGCACCCGCAGCCACCCUUGCCCGCGCCGUCAACCAGGAAGCCCAUGCAAUCCGCAACGCCCACCCCACCGCCUUCGGCUUCUUCGCCGCACUGCCCCCUGUUGAAGCCGAUGCCGCCGCCGCCGUUGCAGAAAUCGAGCACGCCCUCGACGUCCUCGGCGCAGACGGCGUAACCCUGUACACGCGCUAUGGCCCGGGCCCGCGGUACCUGGGGCAUGCGGAUCUGCGCCCCGUGUGGGCGGCCCUGAACGAGCGCAAAGCCGUCGUCUUCGUGCACCCAACCCAUGCGGCGGAUACACGGCCCGUCAACGGCGCCCUCCCGCAACCCAUCAUCGACUACCCGCAUGAGACGACGCGCGCCGCCGUCGACAUGAUUCUGUCUGGCGUGCUCCGCGACUUCCCUGACGUCAAAAUCAUCCUGUCGCACGCCGGCGGCUCCCUGCCGUAUCUCGCCACGCGGGCCGCGCAUCUCCUGGCCGAUGCGGGGCUGACAGCCUUGAGCGCUGACGAGUUCCUCACGUGUGCGAAGAGCUUCUACUUCGAUACUGCGCUGUCCGGGAACGCGUUGUCGCUGCCGUUGCUGCUCGACUUUGCGCCACCCGGACACGUGCUGUUUGGGAGCGACUUCCCGUAUGCGCCGACGCCGACGAUUGCAACGCAUACGGUUGCUGGGGCGGAGGUGCUGGCGCGAAGGGAGGGCGAGAAGGGUAUGGAUCUUGCGGCAAAUGCUUUGCGGUUGCUGCCGAGGCUGGCGUAGAGAGGGUGCUUGUCGAAUGCUGCUGUAUGCAAAGGUAGCACUGUGGUCAUGUUUAGAAUGCGAAUAUAAUGGCGAACAUCUCGGAUCGUUCAG